CUCUCUUUCCUGCCGAAUCCAAAACAGAACGCUCCGGCGGCUCUUCUCCCCUCCCUCCCUUCCUCCCUCCACCUCCGCCUCGCCCUCCGCGGGGCAAAACCCUAGAUCCUCCUCCCGCUUAAACCCUCCAACAAGCGGCGCGGCAGGAUGGCGGAGCCGUCCAAGGUGAUCCACAUCCGGAACGUCGGGCACGAGAUCACCGAGGCCGAUCUGCUCCAGCUGCUGCAGCCGUUCGGCUCGGUGUCCAAGCUCGUCAUGCUGCGUGGCAAGAAUCAGGCCCUUCUCCAGAUGCAAGACAUUCAUUCUUCCGUGAGCGCGCUGCAAUACUACAGUGGUGUCCAACCUAGCGUAAGGGGGAGGCAUGUUUACAUGCAAUUUUCAUCCCAUCAAGAACUUACCACUGACCAGAGCUCUCAUAGCCGGAAUUCUGAUCAGGAAUCAGAACCCAACCGAAUCCUUCUAGCUACUGUCCACCACGUGCUCUAUCCUAUAACGGUGGAGAUUCUGCAUCAAGUUUUCAAAGCAUAUGGAUAUGUGGAGAAGAUUGUCAAAUUUCAGAAGUCAGCUGGCUUUCAGGCCCUCAUCCAGUAUCAAUCGCGUCAUGAGGCUGUGGAAGCACUUGCUGCUUUGCAUGGAAGGAACAUAUAUGAUGGUUGCUGCCAGCUAGACAUCCAAUAUUCCAAUCUCAGCGAACUGCAAGUCCAUUUCAACAAUGAGAGAACUAGGGAUUUCACGAAUCCAUCAUUGCCUACAGAACAACGUCCAAGGCCCUCCCAGCAAGGUUUUCCAGAUCCUGGGGGUCUCUAUCCUUUCCAACAACCUGGAGGUCCGUAUUCACAGACAGGAAGAGCUGCAACGAUUGCAGCUGCAUUUGGUGGAACUUUACCGCCUGGAGUGACUGGUACCAAUGAACGGUGCACACUGAUAGUCAGUAAUUUGAACACUGAUAAAACCAAUGAGGAUAAGCUUUUCAAUCUCUUCUCUUUAUAUGGAAACAUAGUUCGAAUCAAGGUGCUGCACAACAAACCAGAUCUCGCCCUUGUAGAAAUGGCUGAUGGGUUACAGGCCGAGCUAGCUGUGAACUAUCUAAAGGUGGCCACGCUAUUUGGUAACAAGUUGGACGUCAACUACUCGAAGUACCCCACCAUAACCCCUGCCCCUGACGCGCAUGACUACAUCAACUCGGGCCUGAACCGCUUCAACACCAACGUGGUAAAGAACUACCGGCAUUGCUGCGCUCCAACCAAGAUGAUCCACGUCUCCGCCCUCGCACAGGACGUCUCCGAGGAAGCGCUCCUCGCCCAUCUGUCUGAGCACGGCUCUAUCGUCGGCACAAAGCUGUUCGAGGUGAACGGCAAGAGGCAGGCCCUCGUCCUGUUCGAGAGCGAGGAGGAAGCGACCGAGGCCCUCGUGUCGAAGCACGCCACCCCGCUGGAGGGGAGCACCAUCCGGAUCUCAUUUUCCCAGAUGCAGAGCCUGUAGAUACGCCUCCUCCCAGGGAUAUAGCUUUUGCUUGGCUGCUACCCGGUCCAUGCUUUUUGCGCCCCCUCUCUUUCUUUUUAGGAAGCUUUGGAUGAUCCUUCAGAUGUGAAUUCUCUCCCUGACUGCUGCUUUGUCUUUGCUGUAGCGUCCCUGAGUUCUCCCUUGUUGGUUUAAGGUGACGAGAGGAUUGUAGUGCGUGCUGUGCUCGUAUGAAUUAUGAAAUGAAAGAAAUCUAGAGAAAAAGAGAACAGUUCAGAUCAUGCGAUUGC